UCUCGCAAGGCGGAGGCUUUGAGAGGGACCUGCACAUCCUGUGCACCGUCAACGGACUUCUCGCCAUGGAAGGCCGCAGAUUCACAGCCGAGCUCAUGGGCGGUUAUGAGGGGGCGAUGAGCAUAGAGGAUGCGAGACUGGAGGACACGAGAGGUGUGGUGGGUGGUGGCGGUCCCGGUUUCCCUGGAUGGAGUCAAGAUUGUGCCAGGAACUCGCCGAUGGAGAGAGGAGUCGGCCAACGGGUAGAAGGGCAUCCGUGGACGUUUGGUGGGAUGGACAGGCCUGGUACUGGCGGGGGGCAGCAAGGGUUUUAUGGCGUGGAUUCGACCCCGCCAGGUGGCAAUCUGCAAGGAGGGGUGCCACGUGGCGGUGUAGGGGACGGGUACAGCGAAGAGGCUGUCCAUCACACUUCAAAGGUAGAUGCCAGCCUCCCACAGUUCAACGUCAAUGCGCAGGGGUGCGGUGCAUGGGGAGGAGGACAGCCGCAGCGCCGAUCGCUCGGAGUGCAGCACACGCCGUACAUUGCACACCAACCUCGGCUGUCGAUGGCAGAUCAGCAGCAUGGCCAUCCUGCGGACAAUUUCGACCGCAAAAUGACGCACCUUUGUCGUGGUCAGCAACCGCCAUCCACACCUGGCAGUGCGCCGACAGGAGGAAGAGUUGACGACUUGUCUCCUGCACGGCGCAUGGCGUCCGCAUCGGGGCAUUCCGGGACGUGGGAUGGAAUGCCGUCACCGAUGGGAUCAUCCAUCGGAGUGCAUGUUCGCAGCGUGUGGUUGGGCAGGAACCUCGACGCUUUCGGGGAAGAGAUUACGAGGAGGACCACGCGAGUGUACUCCGUGGAUGUCAACGGCCUGCCCUCUGUAAUUCUCGAUGUCGCUCUUGGUUUCGCGGGGGACUUGCUGAGCCAUGUCCUCAUCUGGGUCACGAAGCUCGCGGACGACAUACCGGAUGACUGGCGUAUGCUGGAGCACGACAUCGUCGGGGACAUCGUCCUCAAGAGCGUGGAGUACCUGGCGCUGGAGCACGCGGAGGGACUGGACAUGGGGGCAUUCUACCGCACCUUUCUCGAUCCGCCACUCGUCGGGCGGGGGUAUCUCCACGGCGAAAUCAAGGUGAACCCGGCCAAAGCUUCUGCUCUCCCCUCCUCACCUCUGCUCACCACGUAUCCCAUCUCGCCUCUAGUGCAACAGCGAGAGAGUGAAUCCGCCUACUACGUCCCAGCAGCGGCUCCCGUAGGAAGUACUCUUGGCAAUCAGAACGAUCACUUUUAUCAGCCAGAGGAGGAGGAGGAGGAGGAGGAGGAGGCGAGGAGACAGGUUGAGGAGGGGAAGAUAUAUUUUGAGGAGGAGAAGAAGGAGAAGGCAAAGCAGACGAAGCCUCGAUCUGGUCGCUGUCCUGGCCGUCGGAUGUCGAUCAGCUCGAACGAGUACGUUGACCAUCUACGAUCCUUAGCGUCAGACUCAGACGACUCUGGCACGCAGGCAAGGCCUUACGAGCGCUCCACAGCCUUGGAGAUCGCUAAACGUUUCGAACCAUUGGUUAAGAGCAAUAGGCUUGUUGUCAAUGACUUACCAUCGCAGUCAACGCUGGGAGGCCAUAGCCAAAGUGGCGAUUGCACCUACGGCCGCGCUCACGUGCGUCAUAUCGUCCUGGGACCGAGUACGCGGGACCAAGCCGCGGGAACAGGUAGUAGGGGUGGCGAUGCUCCUGCUGACGUUGGUGACCGUACUACUAGGGGUGCUGACGACGGUAUUCCAGGGAAUACUACUGCGGGAACCGUGAUCUACUACGUACUAGAGAAGACGUGCCGCUCGCGCGAAGGGCAGGUCGUCGGGAAGGACGUCUCCGUCAGGAAGGCCGAUCUGGGACCGUUGAUGAUGGAGGGGGAAAGCGGAUCGGUUGCCUAUGUCAGGGGUCGGGUCAUCACCAGGCUUGGGUCGAACCUCAUCUUAUCCACAACGUCUGAAAGGGCAAACAUGUCGACGUCUUCCCACUGCUCCUGGACUAGGUGGAAGUCCAGGAUCGCCAUCAUGUCGACCACGACCGGCAUUCGAAAGACCAUACGCGUACGUCCCGCCUUGGAAAGAGCUGGUAGCAUAGCACUUAACCCAUCAAAGAAGCGCCUGUGCAUCGCCGACCUAGGGAGCAGCAAGCGAGUGUGGGAGGCGAUCGCGGCAGAGAGCGAAGAUCCGAUCAUGAACGGGAGCCUGUUGCAGACAUUUGCAAGCUUGGAGCAGGAUGGAGGAGGGAACUGCUCUCUCUCUGAGAGUGUUGAGCCCGUGUACGAUUCCUUUAGCUUCGUCGAAGACAGGCAGAGACGCAGGUGUCUUUACUUCUUACAGCGCAAUGGAACGCUGGGACGGGUGCGGGCCAUUACCCCGGGCGCCGACCAUUCAACGGUGGUAGAAGCUUUGCCAGCACAAUCAUCAGUGCUUGAUGAAAGCAGGAAAUCACAUCUGAUUCAACCACCUGAUGACGGCAGUGGCCAGCACCAAUGGGCUUCAAGUUAUCACGAUUUGCGGGCCGUCGCCUCGACUGCUGACGGGUGCAAUGUGUUCGCUGUAGAUAACCAUGUAGGUGGGAGGGUGAUCUGGAUAAGACUGAGUGCCAUUUGUGGGCAAGCUGAAGGUUCGAAGAUGGGUGAAAUUUUCAGGCUAGAGAUCGACAGAUCGAAGCUGCAUGCGUGUAACGCCACACGCUCGCUGAGCAACAACACGGAAAUAGAAGUCGCUAAACGCUUGACCUCCUCCUCCGUCGGCAUCAGUACUUCCGCUCCAGCUCGUCCUUCCAAACGUGCUACAUCCUCAUUCGCGAUGUACGGAGUAGCGGCCACGAUCAUUUUGAGCGCGGUGGUGGCUGCAACCCUUUGCGCCCUCGUCUUGAGACGUUGGCGUCAGAAGAAUCGAGAUGGGGACUCGAGAAGACCAGCAACCGUAGGAGGAGGGGGAGGAGGAGGAGGAGGAGGAGGAGGAGGUAGUUGUCCUUCGUCUCCUGACCCCUUUAGUAGUACCCCUCACAAUCGCCUAGUUAGAAAUAAGUCAGCCCGUCUCCCCCAUCUUUGCCCUCCAUCUCAAUUAGCUUCGUCGCGCAAUAACGACGGCUAUAACCAAAGCGAUGGCUUUCAAUUAGCGUUGAGCGAUAACGACGACACCCACAGCGACGGCAUUGAUGCGGCGAAGAACAGUAAUAACAACGAGGAGGACGACGUGGAUGACGUCAACAACAACAAAGACAAUGAGGAGGAGGAGGAGGAGAAAGAGGAGGACGGCGAUGACGGGGGAGGGAGGCGGCUGGAGCGCUGGAUUAUGAACUCGCUCCAGCGAGAACACUCCUCACUUCGAGCUCCUCGCUAUGGCGGCCAAGGAGGAGAAGAACGAGGGACUCUCUGGGCGAUAGAUGAGAGACCCGAGCGGUUCGGCGAUGGCGAGGACGACGAACCAGAAGAGAGCAAGGUCUGGAUUAUAGACAUGCGGCCAGACAACCCUGUGCAAGCUCUCCGCGAUGCAGACGAGGGUGCGCUGAGGCUGAGGAGGGAUCACAGGAACUCAGUCUCGCAGCUCGACGACUCCCCUCAACCUUCCGGCGAUGGUGGAGAAGGAGAGGGGAGGAGAGGAGAGGUGACUAGGAGUGUCUCCAUCCUAGAUACGCAGCUCGAAAACCCACUGCAACCCGCCAGCGAUGGGGAUGGAGCAGAGGAUGUCAGGGGACAUAAGAACUUAGACUCGCAGCUUGACAACUCCUUGCAACCUUCCGGCGAUGGAGAAGAGGGAGGAGGAGGAGGAGGAGGAGGAGGAGGAGGGGGAGGAGGAGGAGAGCAGAAGGUAGACACGCAGCUCGAGAGCCUCUUGUCGCCUUCCCACCACGUAGGAGAUCCUGAGAAUCGCCGGAUCGUCAACUGGGGGCGUGAAUACUCGUCGCUACCACCACGUCGCCAUAGGCGGGAUGGAGGAGGUGCAGGUAAGCUCCCGGAUAUGGAGUCUCAGGUUGGUAGCUCGUCCCUGCAAGCUUUCGACGAUGGAGACGAAGCCGAAGAAUGGAACGAAGUAUGGACUAUAGACGCGCAGCGGAAGAGACCCUCGCAUCGUUCCACCUAUGGAGACGAAGGAGCAAGGAGGAGCGUCCGCAGGAGGUUUCUCUCGCAGCAGCGUCAGAGAGCCUCGCUUAAAGGUUCCGGCGAUGGCGGCAAAGCCAAGGAAGAAGAAGAAGAAGAAGAAGAAGAAGAAGAAGAAGAAGAAGUAGGCAACCUCUGGGUUAUAGACUUGCCGGAGCAGCAUGAGACCUGGCUACCGCAGCAGCAUGAGACCUGGCUGCAUCCAGCUCGUGAUGGAGAUCAUGAUCGUCCUGUCAAUAGAGAGGCUGGCAGACAAGAUCGCCAGAUCGAGCCCCUCCACGACAAGCCGUUAGAGGUCGAUGCAAUCAGGGUAGAUACCGGCUCGCCGAUGGCCGGGAUCCAUGUGAUCCCGGUUAUGGAUUGCGUUGUGGAUUACUCCUUGGAUAGGUUUGUAGAUAGCGAUAUGGAAAUGUCUGUGACAAUGACCUUUCUCUCUGACUCUCCCUCCGAUUUCGAAAGUGUAUAGCCCACUCAACGGUGACCGUUCUUGCGGCCUGAGUCUAGAAACG